GGAGUUUAAGUGGACAAAAGUCGACUCUAAAACUAUGCUUAUUUGUUGAUAGUAGGUUAAAUGUCGCUGAUUGUGGGGAGUUAUAAGUCGUGAUUAAGUGAAAGUUUUUAAUCUUUCUUUUACUGCGACGUGUCUGCAAAACUGAUGGCGAACAAGGAGAAAAAGAGCCCCGAUGGAGUGAAAUAUUUCAGACUGGCGGAGAUCGAGGCGCAAAACACGUUUAAGUCCACAUGGAUCCUCAUCCACCACAAAGUCUACGAUGUCACCAAGUUCCUUGAGGAGCACCCUGGUGGGGAGGAGGUCCUGAGGGAGCAGGCGGGUGGAGAUGCCACUGAGAGCUUUGAGGACGUGGGACACUCGAGCGAUGCCCGAGAGGUGGCCAGCCAGAUGGUGAUUGGCGAGCUGCACCCGGACGACAGAGAAAAGCUGGCCAAGCCGUCCGAAAGUCUGGUGACCACCUUGGGGGAGGAACAAAGCUGGUGGCCUAACUGGUUCAUCCCAGCCGUGGUCGCCGUCAUCGUCACGCUGGUGUACCGCAUCUACACGACAGAAAGCGAGGUGUGACAUCAUCACCGCUCCCUGGUUGACAGCAGAGGCUCCGCCCUGCAGACAAGCCGGGCCAAUUGAAAUUGCACUCGAAUACUUGUGAAAAUCGUGACAGCGAUUCAGAUGUAUAAUUUUUUUUUGUAAUUCUCCAUGAUGUAACAAUUUUGAAAUCGUCCAGGAGGAGCGGCGUAGGCGCUCCGAGUCAUGUGAGCAACAUCAACAAAAACAGCAUGACUGCCGUGCAUCUGCUGUGCAUUGAAAUGUGGCAGCAGAGUGUGGCGGUAUGAAUUAACUUGCUGUGUGCAUAAGUCGACUUGAAUGAGACCAAAUAAAAUCAUUUAGGCACAA